UCAUAUAUUUUAUUCAUUUUCAGGAUCAUUUCAUUCCCUGUAUAGAAACCAAAUUUUAUUCAGAUUGUAAUGAAAGCCAACCAAAUAUAACAAGUCUAGACGGUUUUAAUUAGUGAAAGCUCUCAUUGUUUUGUUUUCUGAUUGUUGUAAAUGGUAGAUUUACCAAAUCUCUAACGAAAAACUAUAGAAAUUAAAGUCUUUUCUGGGGAUUGUUUAAAACUUGUAUGUAAAAAAAAAAAAUUAGUGACUGAUAUACAUGAUACACUGCAUAACUGCCCACUCACACAUUCUAACGUCAAUUCCUUAAUUUGCAAGUUGGCAGACAUGUGAAAAGUGUAAUAAUGUACACGUGUUCAUUGUCAUACACCAGUCAAUUAUGUUAUAAAAUUAUAUUUUACAUUUUACAAAAUAAUUGAUCUAUGAUCACUUAUCAGUUUGAUAUUAUUCCGUUUCGACGAUAUUCCGGUCCUGUAAUUUAGUUAAAGAAUAUGUUUCGAAGUUACUUCCCUUUGGGUUGUAAACAGUGCGAUGAAUGCAAGUGGAUUUAACGCGAUCUCCAAACUAUUCUCUGAGUACGUCGUCACAAGACAAUGUAUGAAAUGUGCAUCAAGGAGAUAUUCUUCGUUAAGUGUUGGAGACAAAGCGGCGUUGUCAAAAACUUUUACAAAAGACGAUGUAGAAACUUUUGCAAAAAUCAGCAUGGACAACAACCCUUUGCACACCGAUCCCGACUUUGCAAAAACAACGAUAUUUGGGAAAUGUAUCGUUCACGGCGUGCUUAUCAAUGGACUAAUCUCAGCUGUAUGUUCCACAAAACUCCCAGGACCCGGUGCUGUUUACAUUUCUCAAGAAAUGAAAUUCCUCGCUCCAGCGUUCGUAGACGAAUCAAUCACAGCGGAAGUAGAGGUAUUGGAGAUCCGGAAGUCCAUCAUGAAGUGUUCUACCACUGCCAUCCGGACCGGAAAUAAAGAAGUCUUGGUGAAGGGCGAAGCCAAAUUAUUAAUACCCAAAGUAACCUAAAGAAGCAGAAAAAUCACAGAAGAUUUGAGAAAUGCAUUAAUGUGAUGGUAUUCAAAGUUGUUUUUAAAAACCUGUUUUUUGUUCGUUGCAC